CCCUUACUGCAGUAGCGGCGGCGACCGUAGUUCUGGGACGUCGAAAGAUAAACUGCGUGGGGCUGCGUGCGUGCGUGCCUGCCUGCGUCUGCUAUUCGGAUAAGAGAAGACAGGAGACGACGGGCAACGGGCGGGGCGCGGCAAGGCGAUGAAUCUCUCGUAGAUAGCAGAGCAGGUGCAUUAAGGCUCGCGCCCUCAGGGACUGUUGCGUCUCUCGACUCGUCGUGGCUAUGGCGUCUGUGCAUUGCGCCCUCUCGGUGUCCGCGCCCGUCAGUGCCCUCAGGACCUCAUUCAAUGGAGAUGCCCUAGUUUGCGGAUCAUGCGCGGCCCCGAGCAGCUCUUCCGCCAGUGCGGGAGUGCUUAGAAUUGAAUGUAAGGAGUCGAGGAUUGGAAAGGCACCUAUCGAUGUCCCGAGCGGUGUCACCAUUCAACUAGAGGGUCAAAGUCUUGUGGUGAAGGGGCCUCUCGGAGAGCUCGCACGAUCUUACCCUCGUGAAGUGUUGCUAACCCGCGAGGAGACGGGCAAAAUCAUAGUCACGAGGGCAGUGGAUACCCGCAAGGCUCGACAAAUGCACGGUCUUUUCAGGACCCUCACAGAUAACAUGGUUGUUGGAGUCACAAAGGGAUUCGAGAAGAAGCUGCAACUCAUUGGUGUGGGAUACCGUGCUGCUCUCGACGGAAAGGAUCUUACACUGAAUUUGGGAUUCUCUCACCAAGUAAGACUCCCAAUUCCAGACGGUGUAAAUGUAAAGGUGGAAGAAAACACCAGAUUGACCAUUUCAGGGCGUGAUAAGUGCGCUGUAGGAGACUUUGCAGCGGCUAUUAGAAAGUGGAGGCCACCAGAACCAUACAAGGGUAAGGGUAUUAAGUACAGUGAUGAGGUUGUUAGACGCAAGGAGGGUAAAGUAGGAAAGAAGAAGUAAAUGUUCUAUGCUGUAGGUUUAGUAUUCUACAAAUUCUUUUACAAACGUGCACUGAGUUUCAAUAAGGUCCAUAUUUGUAACUUGUUGGGAUUAAAGUUCAAAUCGUUUUCAGAAUGAAAUGUGCAUGGGAAAUUUUGUGGCA